CUGUUUUUUUUUUUUUUUGAUUUCGAGCUUUAACGGAUCAACACAUCGAAUUAACAAAUCACAACACAGAUGGCGAUGACGUCAGCGGCUACCGGAUUUAUUAUGACGGCCAAUGUCACGGUGGCUUUAGGCGGCGGAGGUUCUUCUAAGAGCGCCACCGUCGUUUCUUUCUUGCCAAUGAGAAGCUUCGGUUCGAGGCUAGUAGUCAGAGCGGCGGAUGAUGCGUCUCCGGCAACCCCCUCGUCGGCGGAUUCUUCCACCACCACCGCCCCUGCUGCUGCUACGAAGGAAGCUCCGGCCGCCAAACCUAAACCUCCUCCGAUUGGCCCCAAGAGAGGAUCCAAGGUGAAGAUUCUAAGGAAAGAAUCCUACUGGUACAAGAACGUUGGAUCAGUUGUGGCAGUUGAUCAGGACCCGAAGACCCGAUAUCCGGUUGUGGUUCGAUUCUCGAAGGUGAACUACGCAAAUAUAUCGACCAACAACUACGCAUUGGACGAGAUCGAAGAAGUCAAAUGAGAGACUUGGUUUAUCUCCAAGUCGCUUCAUCUGUUUGUAAUCUUGAAUCAAACCGUAUGUACCAAAAAGUUUACCAACAAUUCAUCUUUUAUCUUUUACACUCUCAA